AUGGCGUCUGUGACACCAACAGAGCACUUUGUGACUCUGCAUGCACCUGAUCCGCUCACGACCGAGGCAGCGCGCUCACACUUGAAGGGACUUUAUGCCCAAGGUUCUGCUGCUGACUGGCAGCGCAUCAUACCCGCACAUGGCCGACCUUCACCAUCGGAUCCGUCUCGUCUAGGCUGGCUCCGCUUUCGGGCCAAGCCUCCACCAACGGUUCAGGACGUGAGUGCCGAGGCCCGACCGGAUUGGAGUCAGUGCUUGCCGCUUCCCUUUGGCGGCCUGACGUUCCAUGGGCAGCCCGAACUGCAACCGUGGUCCCUCCCUGCACCAGCCACGACUCUGACCAUAAGCAGCAGCGGCACCCUAGGUGCAACCCUAUCUGAAACCCCGGCCUCAACCACUCGCAUGCCAUCCGCACGCCAUAAGGAUCGGGCCGACUCACGCCCCGUGCUGACUCAGACCCUGACCCAGGCCUCGGCCUCCCCACUGCUCAAUCAGCCAACCACCACGCAAACUCGGGACCCAGCCCCCUCACAAGCUACUUUGGCCACAGCCAUGCCGAAUCCACGCCCGGCUCUUCAGCCAAGUGAUGCCAAGCCCCCCUUGGUGCGGCACCGCGCCUUGACGCGAAUCGCCCACUUAAUGCGGCCCAAGGCCUCGCAAAACGUGACACGACCGCUUGAUGCCAUCGAGACACACCCUCCACACCCCGAGCAUCAGCCUUUGUCGGGCGAGGCUGCAGUGGUGCCGCCCAUUAAACAUGAGAUUGGAGAAGCCACGCAAGAUGCAUCGCAGCCCAUCGCGUUGGCCAAGGCUCAGCACCAAUGGCAUGCACAAUUUCGCCGAGGUUGUUGGGAGGUGGUGCGCUCGGGUAAGCCUGGCCGGGCUAAGCUCUGGGCGUCUGUCAACCUGUUGCCCCUCCCAGCCGACUGCUUCGUUACACAAGAGACUACGAGCGGCUCCGUCCGUGUAUACUGCAGCGAUUCCCAGCGCCAACACGUUCGUAGUCCAUGA